AUGUCCGAUGGAGUCCAGAAGCGCCAGUCGUCUGCUGCCUUCCACUUUGCCGCUGGCCUGGGUUCCGGUGUCAUCAGCGCAGCCCUUCUACAACCCGCCGACCUCCUGAAGACCCGAGUCCAGCAGUCCAGCGCCUCGACCUUGACCCAAGCGCUUCGAGAUGUCCUACGAGCACCAAACCCAGUCCGCCAGCUGUGGCGUGGAACGACGCCAUCAGUCAUCCGGACUGGCUUCGGAUCAGCCUUGUACUUUGGCAUGCUCAAUCAGAUGAGGCAGUUCGCGACAAAGCUGCCUGCGAUACCCGUAGUAGCUGGGGAGGAAGUCAAGUCGAAGAAUGGCUCUUCAUCAGCGCUACCAAAGCUCGGAAAUGUUGCAAACUUGACGACAGGGGCGCUGGCAAGAGUCGCUGCAGGGUUGAUCGUGAACCCAGUGACCGUACUGAAGGUCCGCUAUGAGUCGUCACACUACAACUAUACUUCGCUCGCCGGCGCGGCGAGAGGCAUAAUGGCACAGGAGGGAGCGAGAGGCUUCUUUGCCGGCUUUGGCGUGACAGCAGUCCGCGAUGCUCCGUAUGCUGGUCUCUAUGUCCUCAUAUACGAGCAAGGCAAGGCACAGCUGGGGAAGCUCUCGUCUGGGUCAGACAUGAGCACGAUGUCGGGCUCGGCUGGUAUCAACUUUGUGUCUGGUGUGCUAGCAGCUGUGUCGGCCACGACGAUGACGAACCCCUUUGACGCCAUCAAGACGCGGAUUCAAAUCGCGCCGGAGAAGUACAGGAAUAUGGUCCAGGCGGCGAAGAUCAUGCUGCAUGAUGAGGGCUUCCGAAGCAUGUUCAACGGGUUGAGCCUGCGGAUCGGCCGAAAGGCUAUCAGCAGCGCAUUGACGUGGACAGUGUACGAAGAGGUCAUCAGGCGGGCGGAACAGAGGCUAGUAUAA